ACUUCGCAAACUUUCGCAAAGUGCUCUCGAAGUGGAAGCUGCGGGGGAGAGCGGGAGCCCGACCCCCGGUAUCCCCGCCAGGGCCCCCGGGGAGGCGGGGCGCGAGCCGCCCCGAGGGCCCGGCACCGGGUUCGCGGGUGCCGCUCCCCGGCCGCGCCGGGUGGAUGCGGAGCCGCGCCGGGUGCAUGGAUUGUGCUCGGGCCCCCGGCUCGGGCUCCGGGCCAUGGCGCCGCCGCCGCCGCCGCCGCCGCCCGUGCUGCCCGUGCUGCUGCUCCUGGCUGCGGCCGCCGCCCUACCGGCGCUGGGGCUUCGAGCGGCCGCCUGGGAGCUGCGCGUGCCCGGCGGGGCCCGCGCCUUCGCCCUCGGGCCCGGCUGGACCUACGCCCUGGACGCCGGGCGCACUCCGCGGGCGUUGCGGGAUCUGCUGGACGUGAGCCGCGACGGGCGGCUGGUGGGGCGGCGGCGCGGGCCGGGCGCGGGGCUCCGGGCCUGCGCGCGCCUGGGGGGGCGCCCGCUGCCGCUGCAUGUCCGCCUGGCGGCCCGCGGUGCCCAGACGGCUCUGAGCCUCCGCCUGCGGGCACGCGCGCAUGGCCCCGGUUGCGGCGCCGGGCCCCGGCCCCGGCGAGCUCUCGGUGCGGAGCUGCGUGCGCGGGCUGUACUCACGGUGCCCGGCCCCGGCGCGGUGCUCUGCUUCCCCGCCCCCGGCGGCAGCGGGGCCACGCUGCACUCGGCGCUUUCGGCCUUAACCAUGUUCCCCGCUUGCAACUGUCCACUGCGCCCCGGGGCCCGUUGCCCACGCCGCCCUGUCUGCCUGCCGCCUGGUGGUUCCGCCCGCCUGCGCCUGCUAUGUGCCCUGAGGCGCGCGGCCGGCACCAUCCGGGUAGAGCUGGCGCUGGAGGCGGCCCCGGGGACACCCUCCCCAUCGUCGUCGCUGUCGCCACCAAGCCCGCCACAGGCCGGGACGGGGGCGGCGCGGCGGGCCCGGCGGGGCGCUGGCGGCAGCACCAGCCCGCAGUUCCAGCUGCCCAGCUACCAGGUGUCGGUGCCCGAGAACGAGCCGGCGGGCACCGCGGUCCUCGAGCUGCGCGCGCACGACCCUGACGAGGGCGAGGCGGGGCGCCUGAGCUACCAGAUGGAGGCGCUGUUCGAUGAGCGCUCCAAUGGCUACUUCCUCAUCGACUCCGACACGGGCUUGGUGAGCACCGCCCGCGCUCUGGACCGCGAGACCAAGGACACGCACGUCCUCAAGGUGAGCGCUGUGGACCACGGCUCCCCGCGGCGCUCGGCCGCCACCUACCUCACUGUCACAGUCAGCGACACCAACGACCACAGUCCGGUCUUUGAGCAGUCUGAGUACAGGGAGCGCGUGCGCGAGAACCUCGAGGUGGGCUACGAGGUGCUGACCAUACGCGCCACCGACGGCGACGCGCCCUCCAACGCCAAUAUGCGCUACCGCCUGCUGGAGGGCGCGGGCGGCGUCUUCGAAAUAGACGAGCGCUCGGGCGUGGUGCGCACCCGGGCCGUGGUGGACCGCGAGGAAGAGGCCGCCUACCAGCUGCUGGUGGAGGCCAACGACCAAGGCCGAAACCCCGGCCCGCUCAGUGCCACCGCCACCGUGCAUAUCGUGGUGGAGGAUGAGAACGACAACUACCCCCAGUUCAGUGAGAAGCGCUAUGUGGUCCAGGUGCCGGAGGACGUGGCGGUCAACACGCCUGUGCUGCGGGUGCAGGCCACUGAUCGGGACCAGGGCCAGAACGCGGCCAUCCACUACAGCAUCAUCAGCGGGAACCUGAAGGGGCAGUUCUACCUGCAUUCGCUGAGCGGCAGCCUGGACGUGAUCAACCCGCUGGACUUCGAGGCCAUCCGGGAGUACACGCUGCGCAUCAAGGCCCAGGACGGGGGCCGGCCUCCACUCAUCAACUCCUCGGGGCUGGUGUCAGUGCAGGUGCUGGACGUGAAUGACAACGCCCCCAUAUUUGUGAGCAGCCCCUUUCAGGCAGCCGUGCUGGAGAACGUGCCUCUGGGCCACUCCGUGUUGCACAUUCAGGCGGUGGACGCGGACGCGGGCGAGAAUGCGCGUCUGCGCUACCGCCUGGUGGACACUGCCUCGGCCUCUGUGGGGAGCGGCGGAGCCGGGCCCCAGGACCCCGUUCCGGCUGCGGACUUCCCUUUCCAGAUCCACAACAGCUCGGGCUGGAUCACCGUGUGCGCGGAGCUGGACCGCGAGGAGGUGGAGCACUACAGCUUUGGGGUGGAAGCGGUGGACCACGGCUCGCCGCCCAUGAGCUCCUCGGCCAGCGUGUCCAUCACGGUGCUGGACGUCAACGACAACGACCCCGUGUUCACACAGCCUGCGUACGAGCUGCGCCUGAAUGAGGACGCCGCCGUGGGGAGCAGUGUGCUGACCCUGCGGGCCCUUGACCGGGAUGCUAACAGCGUGAUCACCUACCAGCUUACCGGCGGCAACACCCGGAACCGCUUCGCCCUCAGCAGCCAGAGCGGUGGCGGCCUCAUCACACUGGCGCUGCCGCUGGACUACAAGCAGGAGCGGCAGUACGUGCUGGCGGUCACCGCGUCUGAUGGCAUGCGCUCGCACACCGCGCAGGUCUUCAUCAAUGUCACGGAUGCCAACACCCACCGGCCGGUCUUCCAGAGCUCCCACUAUACCGUGAGCGUCAGCGAGGACCGGCCGGUGGGCACGUCCAUCGCCACCAUCGGCGCCACCGACGAGGACACGGGGGAGAACGCUCGCAUCACCUACGUGCUGGAGGACCCGGUGCCGCAGUUCCGGAUUGACCCGGACACUGGCACCAUCUACACCGUGACAGAGCUGGACUACGAGGACCAGGCCGCCUACACGCUGGCCAUCACAGCCCGGGACAACGGUAUCCCUCAGAAGUCGGACACCACCUCCCUGGAGAUCCUCAUCCUGGAUGCCAAUGACAACGCGCCCCGGUUCCUGCGGGAUUUCUACCAGGGCUCUGUCUUCGAGGAUGCUCCCCCGUCAACCAGCGUCCUCCAGGUCUCGGCCACGGAUCGGGACUCGGGCCCCAACGGCCGCCUGCUGUACACCUUCCAGGGUGGGGACGACGGUGACGGGGACUUCUACAUCGAGCCCACGUCCGGCGUGAUCCGCACCCAGCGCAGGCUGGACCGGGAGAACGUGGCGGUGUACAGCCUUCGGGCCCUGGCUGUGGACCGGGGCAGCCCGGUGUCCCUUAGCGCCUCCGUGGAGAUCCAGGUGGCCGUCUUGGACAUUAAUGACAACCCUCCGGUGUUUGAGAGGGACGAGCUGGAGCUGUUGGUGGAGGAGAACAGCCCGGUGGGGUCCGUGGUGGCGAGGAUUCGAGCCAGCGACCCCGACGAGGGCCCCAAUGCUCAGAUCAUGUACCAGAUUGUGGAAGGGAACGUGCCUGAGGUCUUCCAGCUGGACCUGCUGAGUGGCGACCUGCGUGCCCUGGCCGAGCUGGACUUCGAGGUCCGCCAGGAGUACGUGCUCGUGGUGCAGGCCACGUCGGCCCCCCUGGUGAGCCGGGCCACCGUGCACAUCCGCCUGCUGGACCAGAACGACAACCCGCCGGUGCUGCCGGACUUCCAGAUCCUCUUCAACAACUAUGUCACCAACAAGUCCAACAGCUUCCCCACCGGCGUGAUCGGCCGCAUCCCCGCCCAUGACCCUGACCUCUCCGACAGCCUCAACUACACCUUCCUGCAGGGCAACGAGCUGCAGCUGCUGCUGCUGGACCCGGCCACGGGGGAGCUACAGCUCAGCCGCGACCUGGACAACAAUCGGCCGCUGGAGGCGCUCAUGGAAGUGUCUGUUUCAGACGGCAUCCACAGCGUGGCGGCUCUCUGCACCCUGCGGGUCAGCAUCAUCACAGACGACAUGCUGACCAACAGCAUCACCGUCCGCCUGGAGAACAUGUCGCAGGAGAAGUUCCUGUCGCCGCUGCUGGCCCUCUUCGUGGAAGGGGUGGCCACCGUGCUGUCCACCACCAAGGACGCCGUCUUCGUCUUCAACAUCCAGAACGACACGGACGUCCGCUCCAACAUCCUGAACGUGACCUUCUCGGCCCUGCUCCCGGGCGGCGUCCGGGACAGGUUCUUCCCGUCGGAGGACCUGCAGGAGCAGAUCUACCUGAACCGGACGCUGCUGACGGCCGUGUCCACCCAGCGCGUGCUGCCCUUCGACGACAACAUCUGCCUGCGGGAGCCCUGCGAGAACUACAUGAAGUGCGUGUCUGUGCUCAGGUUCGACAGCUCGGCCCCCUUCAUCAGCUCCCCCACCGUGCUCUUCCGGCCCAUCCACCCCGUCAACGGCCUGCGGUGCCGGUGUCCGCCCGGCUUCACCGGCGACUACUGCGAGACGGAGAUUGACCUCUGCUACUCCAGCCCCUGCGGCGCCCACGGCCGGUGCCGCAGCCGCGAGGGCGGCUACACCUGCGAGUGUCAGGACGACUUCACCGGUAGGUGUCGCCCCUCCCGUGGGCCUGGGUCACAGGCAGGUCGGGGGGUGUCCGCGGGUCUCCUCUGUCCACCUCGCUCCUGGGGGACAGGGUCUCAGGACGGAUCCCGGGCUGGGGCGUCGGCUCUGCUUCCUGCCACCCUCUUUAUAAGGACGGGCAGAGGAGAGUUAUGUGGUGUGAGAGCCACCUUCAGAAACCUACACAGCCUGGGGAGCUAGAUCCAGUCUCUUGGGACAGAAUGUGAUGGAAAAUAAUACAGGACAGGGAAUGUAUAUAUAUGCACACGCAUGAUUGGGCCACUUUGCUGUGUAACACUGUAGAUCAACUGGACGUUAGUUUUAAAAGAUGUAUAUGUGACGUGUGCCCCUUGUAAGUGGCUUCACUUUUUUGGUGGUGGUGGUUGUUUUUUUUUGUCUUUUUAGGGCAUGGGCGGCCUAUGGAGG